AAAUCUCUAAUACCAUUAAAAACAAAAACAAAAAACAAUCUCCAGAAAAAUCUGAAGAAGAUGGGUUCAGAAUUAGAACACCCUCAAUCUUGUCAAAACCCCAUUACACCAUUUUUCUUCUAAUCAUCUAAUAUAGGAUUCAAGUCCUAAAGAUAAACACAUUUAAUGUUGAUUGAUGGAUAAUAAUAGAACUGAAAUAAUUUCAGGUUGAUUCGCUGCAAAUUCUAUUGUUACGGGUAUUAUUAAUCUUGAAGGGUUAGCAAGCGUUGUUCCUCAAUGGCGUCAAAGCCUAGUAAGAAGCAGGAGACAAAUGAGAUUAGCAGCAAUCAAUCCGAAAAGGCACCAUGUGAACCGAAAAGAAGGAAUCCUAGAGAACCAAAGAGAAUGGAUCAAAUUCCGAAAGGUAGCAUGAGUGCAGCUAGUCUACCACCAUUUGACUCAAGAAGAACGGAUUCAUUCUCUAAAAACAGUAUGAGCUCAGCAUACGUCGAGCAGACUGAAUGGAAGGAAGGUGAUUAUACUCUCCAGGGCAAUAUAAAUUCAACAAGUAGUGACCCAUCUAGUGAUUAUAAGAAUAUGGAAUUGAAUUCAGGGAAUUCAUCAUCAACUGAUAAUAGCAAUAGGUCGUCGCCCGAACACGUAAAAGGAGAUCCAGCGUUAAAAAACGGUAUGGAUUUAACAGGUAACCAACAACCAGGUGAUCCAAAAGGAAAUAGUGCAAUUGCAGAUAAUGGUAUCAACUCAUCUACUAAUCAGAAAACAGUUAUACAUUCAGAAACAACAUCAGCAGCAGCAUCGACCAACAAAAAGUCAGGGGAGUUGAAAGUGAACGACACUGUCACUAGUCAAAGUGACAUGUCAAACAAUUCUCGUAGCAACAGCUUAGAUUCUAGUGCACCUUUCAAGCCCCACACUGGUGGUGAUGGUCGCUGGGACGCCAUACAACUUGCUAAUGCUAGAGAAUCACCUCUUGGUUUAAGCCAUUUCCGGCUUCUCAAGCGCCUUGGAUAUGGUGACAUCGGAAGUGUUUAUCUUGUUGAACUCAGAGGAACUAAUGCAUUCUUUGCCAUGAAAGUAAUGGAUAAGGCCUCCCUUGUUAGUAGAAACAAGCUACUUCGAGCACAGACAGAACGAGAGAUUCUUGGGCUACUUGAUCACCCUUUCUUGCCUACUUUGUAUUCCUAUUUCGAGACAGAUAAAUUCUAUUGUCUGGUCAUGGAGUUUUGCAGUGGUGGAAAUCUACAUUCUCUUCGACAGAAACAGCCAAACAAAUACUUUAGCGAGCAUGCAGCAAGGUUCUAUGCUUCAGAGAUAUUGCUGGCACUAGAAUAUCUACACAUGCUUGGGAUCGUGUAUAGAGAUUUGAAGCCAGAAAAUGUACUUGUGAGGGAGGAAGGACAUAUAAUGCUCUCUGACUUCGACCUUUCGUUACGUUGCUCCAGCAGCCCAACGCUGGUCAAGUCAUCAUCUGUGAAUGUAAGCACUACUGGUGGCAUACUCGAUAGCGAAUUUGCAGUGCAUGGUUGUAUCCAGCCAUCAAGCUUCUUCCCUCGUAUCCUACCAAAGAAGAGUCGUAAAUCUAAAUCAGAUUUCGGUCUCUUUGCCGGUGGAUCCCUUCCUGAAUUGAUGGCAGAGCCCACACAUGCUCGUUCCAUGUCUUUUGUUGGGACACAUGAAUACUUGGCUCCUGAGAUAAUUCGUGGUGAGGGUCAUGGUAGCGCGGUGGAUUGGUGGACAUUUGGUAUUUUUCUCUACGAAUUACUACAUGGAACAACUCCUUUCAAGGGAUCUGGAAAUAGGGCAACGUUAUUUAAUGUAGUUGGCCAACCUCUGAAAUUCCCGGACGCACCAAACGUGAGUGUUAAUGCCAAGGAUCUUAUUCGUGGUCUCCUUGUCAAGGACCCGCAAAAGAGAAUUGCAUACCGAAGAGGUGCCACAGAGAUUAAACAACAUCCAUUCUUUGAAGGAGUUAACUGGGCUCUGGUUCGAAGUGCAGCCCCACCUCACGUCCCCGAACCUGUAGAUUUUGCACAGUUUGCUAGUAAGGAAGCAGUUCAUACAGAGAAAAAGGUAGCAGCUGAAAAUGGUGGCGGUGCUUCUGCAAAUAAGAGUGAUUCUCAAGAUCCCGCAUACCUUGAUUUCGAAUACUUUUAGCAGAAACAAAUUCUGUGUAUUUGCUGUUUAUUACUGGCUUCUAAAAGGCAUUAUGACUCAAGAGGAACUUUAAGAUUUGUAUGUUGGUUUUGCAGUAGGAAUUAUCUAUCAAAGAAGAUUUUGGUAAACUUGAGGAUAUCAAUUCGUUGUUGUCGACGCGAAAAGAAGCAAUAAAUAGAUUGUGUUACGAGGAUGCGAGUUCCAUUCGAAUAUGAUUUGUAGAGUGGUUCCCUUUUGUUUUCCCAGCAUCUUUUGUGUUGUAAACUCAUUGUUUAGUAUGCUUCCUGAGAAAUCUGUAAUUGUACAUGAUUAUUUUUAUACGUUAUUGUCAUUUGUUAUCAAU